ACUGUCAGUGUCUAACGCGACGGCGUGGUGGUAGCACGCGACCACGCAGCAGUCGCAAACACCCGCGAUGCAGCGAUGCACCUUCGCAAACCGUUCAUUGUUCUUAAAUACGAUUUUGUGAGAUCUGUACUGGACUUUUAUGAUUUUGUGUUCUGUUUUUAAAUUUUUAAAUCGUUUGUUUCGUGAUUUGUGUUUCGAGAUUUGAACGUGUGUAGUGCAGAUGGCAAAGAAAAUGAAACGACUAAUCCUAAGGACGUUUGUAAUGUUACUAUGGACGAUAGUGCGCGGCGGCGACGGCUACAGUUGUCCAUACGGCCAGAACUGCGCGUUCGAGCCCGCUCCUCCGGGGAGAUCGCCGCCCUGCGCCCAGCCUGGCCUCACCUACUGCCUUCAUCCUGAACCUUACCCUGAGAAAGUAAUUCGGCAGCUAAUCGACGCUGGGCAGUACGACAUUAGGACCUUACUCUCAGACGAGAGCCGUGACGACUUCACCACCACCAAGAAGACGGACUAUCCCUACGACUACGGGCCCAACUCUCUCCCUCAUGUUGAUCAGAUAUCGCUCGUAAACGAUGGCGUCUAUACAAAAAACUUCAACACCAAGUUCCACACCAGAUAUAAUCAUGAUACAUACUCGCACAAGACACCGCUGCAGCCGCCGUCGCCAGUCGACCCUUCACCCUACAACAUCAACGCUUUCCAAUCGGCAAAUUUCUCCAAGUUUGGCUUCCACGGCUACUCCCCUAACGGGUACUGGAACCCUCGCCAGCAAGACGUGGACUAUGAGAAGAAGUUCAGAAACCCUGGACAGGGGACUUAUGGACAGGAUUUCUUUAACACGCCAAACUUUUACCCGAACUAUGAGGCUAAUGAAUGGUUCAGACAAGCUUCGAGCGGCGUUACCCAGUACAAUCCCAAUGAGUGGUGGAAAUACGUGUCUCCAUCCAGAGCUGACGUGACAGUGGAACGGUCGGUGACAUUCCCGACGCGUACGACCACGCUGCGCAAGAGGAGAAAGCGCAACGCUGUCCUGCAGAAGGAGGCCGCAGCCAAGCCCCUCACCGGCGCUGAGGCUUUAAGGAUAGCCUUAGGGAUGGCCAGCGCAGAAACAUCGGCCGAACGUCCUCGGCGCCAAGCCGCGGCCGCCGAAGAGCUGUGCAGAGUGCGCACCGAGUUCAUCACUCCGCGCGCCGCUCUUAACAACAAAGGGAACUGGAAGUACGUCGUCAACAUGCCCGAUAAUAUGACGCAGCUGGUACGCGCCGAGAUUUGCGCGUCAACAACUUGCAGUGGCUUGUGCACCAUUCCAGCAGGAUACUCAUCCCGUUGCGAACAAAAAUACAUACAAAAACGUCUGGUGGCUCUGGAAUCCAGCGGACAAAACCUAUAUACCGAUGUUUUUUGGAUUCCUAGCUGUUGCCAAUGUAGUAUUACACCUAAUUAAUUAUAAUAUAAAUAAAUGCCUCUUUGUGAUUUAUUUUUACGCUGCUAAUACCACUCGCUUUUGCUAUCUGCCGCUAGAUGGCGUAGUUACCACGUUCGUCAGUCACUGCCUUUUAUUUAAGUUAAUUUUAAUUUCAACAAUCAUGACACUUUAUCGAAUUUUAUGCUCUAAUAUCUCUUGCAUUAGGAAUAAAAUAAAAACAUAAACGUAGAUGCUAUUAUCGUAAAGGCAGAGUAUUAUAAAAUUAUGAUUAACAAUGUUUCUAUAGUUAUAAUAUUAAGAUAG